CGAGAUUCUAUCUAAACAGAUUGAUAAUACGAGGGGUGGUCGCAAAGUUACCGACUGAUUUUCGAAUGAAUAUUUUAUCAACUAUUACAGCUCGAAACACGCAUUCUAGUAAUAAAUUAUUAAUGGUAUCGAACGCAACUACUCGUCCUCGUUGAGCCUUUGUAUCAGAUCGAAAUUCGAUCCCGUUCGGUACAAAAAAAGUCGAAUUUAAAACGCUCGUAGGUGAGCCCAGAUAACUGAUAUAAUAAAAUCCAAUUAACAUUUGAUCUGUCAACGAAUCCACUGAUUGACAAUGUCACCGGUCUCUAAUUUACGGGAAAAAUAACGCGAAAAUCGCAUUCGAAAAAGUGUAAGUGAAACUAGCGAGAACGCUUUUCGACCGAAAUCCUUAUCAUCUACUGAUAAGGGAAUCAUACGGGUAGCGAAUAGUCGAUUGAAAUUUUCGUAUUGUUCGCUUUAUACGAAAAGGUGUCACUGUAGAUUAUUUCGCAAUCGGACAAACAUUUAGAUAUAUAAUUAAACGAACAAAUGCUCGAGUAAUUACUCCAUACGCUGGUGCAAAUAUAAGGUAAAUGGAGCCCGGUAUCGUCAAGAUCGCCGACGACGGGGACUUCGAGAUGUUGAAGGAUCUGAUCGACGAUCACGCCGAAUGGAAGCUCGAGUACGACAGGCCCGACGAGACUAAGGUAUGGACCAAAUCGACGCAAAACACAAAUUUCAAAAUGGUAAAAGUACAAACGAUCUUCCCCAAUUUGAACGCCUCCACUCUGUUCGAUGUACUGCACGAUCCCGAUUACAGAAAGGAAUGGGACGAACACAUGCAGGCCUCCGUUGAAAUAGGCUAUUUGAAUCCGAACAACGACGUUGGAUAUUACGCCUUAUCAUGUCCUACGCCUGUAAAAAACAGGGACUUCGUGUUGCAGCGCUCUUGGUUGGACAUGGGCAACGAAAAAUUGAUUCUAAACCACUCGGUGAACCACAAAGAUUACGCCACGAGAAAGGGCUACAUAAGGGCUAUUUCUCACCUGACAGGGUUUGUGAUCAGAGAAGAGCCGCGGGGCGGCUGUUUCUUGGGCUACGUGUCCCAGACGGACCCCAAAGGGAAGCUGCCCUCGUGGCUGGUGAAUAAGAUAACGCAGAAAUUCGCGCCGAAGGUGGUGAAGCAGCUGAGGAGGGCGGCCGAAGGGUACGAAACGUGGAAGGCGGCCCAAAGGGAUCCGUUUCUCAAGCCAUGGAUGUAUCCCGAACAGACGUUGGACUCGCCCAGAAUAAGCUUAUCGGAUGUAAGUUGGCUGUACGGUCCGUUAUUUAAGGUCCUAAUUCCGCUUAUUGUUUCAAUGUACCUAAAACGUUAUGGGAUAAAUACCCUUAAAUUAACAUCAUCUAGUUAGCGUAAUUUAAAUUUGUACCAAUUUUAGGUAACUGUUCUUGUAUAUCAAAUGUAAAAUUGAGGAGCGGUAUAACUAUCUAGUGGAAGUCAUGUUAAUAUACCAAGUAAUAG